AUGUACCUCAUGGGGAACUUGCACUUUCACGGGUUCUGCCUCUGUCACAGGGAAGGGAUGAAGAUAUUUGAUUCUGUUCGUCCUGCAGACUGGAAGUAUCUAUUGAUGCUAUUGUAUUUGCUGCACAUUAAAGCCAAUACUCCCCUAUUUUUCUUACCCAAGAUCCAACUCAAUCUCAAAUUUUCCCAUUCACCUAUUGCCUUGGAGCAUA